ACACUGUUAACAUUAUGCUGACUCUACUCAUUUGUCUUUCUAGAGAAGAAUAAGCACUGUUUGGGUUAUGAGUGUAGCUCACCACCAAAUGAGUUGAUGAUUGUCACUGAUAACACUUGUCACUUUUUAAUUUGUAUGGUUCAUAAUUCUCUUUUUCAUCUUUCUUUUCCUUUAUAGCUAGCCUUUUUUUCCAUCUUCUCUUUUCUGCUCGUGCUUGCAUAUCAACUCAUAUCAAUAUUCAAUUGCUCUCUAUGCUUAUGAUUAUUCAAGGAUCAUAAUCAUCUAGCACUAAAGAAAAGUUGGUGGUGAAUUUGAUGCAGAAUUGAAGCAGUACGAUACAGUACCUGUAAUAUUAGUUAAAUUUUAUCAUGGACACCAUGGAUCAAUCAUCAUGCGUCCCUCCUGGAUUUCGAUUUCAUCCUACUGAUGAAGAACUUGUCGGUUACUACCUAAGGAAGAAGGUUGCAUCUCAGAAGAUCGAUCUUGAUGUAAUUAGAGACAUCGAUCUAUACAGGAUCGAACCAUGGGAUCUGAUAGAAAGAUGUAGGAUUGGAUACGAAGAGCAAACUGAAUGGUACUUCUUUAGUCACAAGGAUAAAAAGUAUCCAACGGGAACGAGGACGAAUAGGGCAACAAUGGCAGGUUUUUGGAAGGCUACUGGAAGAGACAAAGCAGUUUACGAAAAACUAAGGCUCAUAGGAAUGAGGAAAACUCUUGUGUUCUAUAAAGGAAGAGCACCAAAUGGACAGAAAACCGAUUGGAUCAUGCAUGAAUACAGGCUUGAAUCCGAAGAAAAUGGUCCUCCUCAGGCAAAAGGAUGGGUGGUGUGUCGUGCAUUCAGGAAACGAUCAACCGGACAAACUAAAACCACCGAAGGAUGGGAAUCAAACUUCUUCUAUGAUGAUUCAAGCCGCAUGGAUCCGAUUGAUUACAUUACAAGUCAACCCUCGAGUUCCAUAUUUUCACAAAGCUUCCUGUGCAAGCAAGAGUUGGAAGCAGUAGAGAAUUUGAACUUCGUCCACUGUGAUCAAUAUGUACAACUUCCACAACUCGAAAGCCCAUCUCUCCCAUUAAUAGAGAAACCUAGCUCUAUAUCAUUGGUGUCAUCAUCUGAAAAUAAUGAUCUAGAAGACGAUCUACAAGGAGAGAGAAACAUACACAACAACAAAAUUAGUAUGAAUAAUAUAGAUAACGUCGAUAAAGUAACUGACUGGAGAGCUCUUGAUAAGUUUGUAGCUUCUCAGUUGAGCCAAGAGGAUCGAUAUGGGCUUGGUGAAGGUUUGUCUUCCAGCUUUCAAGGGAAAGAAAAUUCGAAUUUCUCUUAUAUGUUUAUAGAACGUGGUAGGGAAGAAGAAGAUGGUGGAGGAGGAGGAGGGAAGCUGAAUGUUUUGUUGAGUUCGAGCCACCAAGAUCAUUCUGAUAUUGGAAUGUGCAUAUUUGAUAAGUGAUGAAUACGAAGGACUACAUUGAUGCACUGAGGAGAUGAUAAUACUGGUAGUCUCAUAAGUAUAAGAGUUCAGUGAUGAAUACGAAGCACUACAUUGAUGCAAUGACGAAAUAAUAAAUUGAUAAUACUAGUAGUCUCAUAAGUAUAAGAGUUCGCUAAUCUUGAGACAUAUAUAACGCAU